AUGCGAACCGCGUGUUGCGGGCCGCGCGGAGAGGGGCUCUCGAAGGCGCGGGGGGGGGGGGGGGCUGCUAAUUGGCCUGCGCCCACCCCGGCCGGCGCCCUUUGUCUGAGUCAUCGUCCCUUUCACCGUCAAACUUUCUCUUCGCUAUCGCCUUCCCACCGAGACUACGUGCAUUUCCUCAGCAACCACAUCCGCAUUUGCACAAUGACCUUCACUCGUUUUGUCGAAACCGGGCGCGUCGCGAUCAUCAACUACGGGCCGCACGUGAACAAGCUUGUGAUAAUCGUGGACAUUCUAGACCAAUCGCGCGUCCUCGUGGACGGCCCCACCUGCGGGCUGCGCCGGCAAGUGUUCAACGUCAAGCGGCUUGCGCUGACGUCGAUCAAGGUGGACGGGCUGGAGCGCGCCGCGGCCACGGACGUCGUCAAGGCCGCGUACGAGGCGGCUGACGUCGACGCGACCUUCGCCAAAUCCGGCUGGGGAAAGAAGAUCGACAGCAAGGCGAAGAGGGCCGCCCUCGACGACUUUGGCCGCUUCAAGGUCAUGUGCGCACGUAUUCAGAAGGGGAAGAAGGUUAGGGAGCAAUUGGAAAAGCUUAAGACAGCCGCGUAAAAAGGGAUCUCGCUUUCUUUUUUUUUGUCUCGUGCUUGUUUAUCGCGUGCGUGCGGGCAGAGGGAGAGACGGUGGGGUGAGCGUGUGUGUAUGUCCCGAUGCGACCCGCGAGCGACGUCGAGAUACGCGCGGCGAUGGUUACGCACUUGUGGGGACUUUGGGGGCCUACAAAGCAAACGGCAGUCUUGUCAUGAUAUGCUCAGCUCUGAACAAAAGUAGAAAUACAAUAUAUUACGUAAGACGUAGGAAAAGCAAA